AUGGCACGUCUUAUGAAUCGGUUCUACGCGCUGUGCGCUGUCGCAGCGGGUACAAUUCUCGUCUCAGCGUGGCUUUUGAUGACACAAAGAUUCUCCGACAUCUUGCCUUCGACAGCACGCCAGUUUCAAGUGGCCAGGGAGUUCGACCAGCGAUUAGUGGUGUUUGGGGACUCAUGGAGCGAUAACCAAUCAUCUGACGGGCCACCGGGCCAAGUAUGGACGGACUGGCUUUGUUCCAUGUUCUCCUGUCACCAAGAGAACCUAGCACAGACAGCAAGUCCUCUUCUCAGAGGCAAGAAUCUCGGCGCAGUGAUCGACAACAAAGAACUCGAUUUACUAGGUCGGCCGUCUGAGUCGCCUCUUGCCGACUUCAAGUCCCAGCUCCAGCAAUGGCUGGAUGCCGAGUCGCGUGUCUUGGAAGGCCUGUCUAAGGAGGCGGCCCGUUCGCGUCAGGAACGCACGGUCUUCGUGGUGUCCUUCGGAGUCUGGGAUAUCUGGAGCUUGAUUACCAAGGACUACGAUGCGGCUAGUAGAUCUGUUGAUCGGCGCGCUGUAACGCUGAUGGGGCUGCUCGAUACUUUGUCCGAGAGCUUGGACACGAAGCUUCAAGUGAUUCUGACGCAGACGGUUGACGUGACUUUCCUGCCGGGAUUUGGAUCUGUGGGGGAUCAGUACAAGGGGACCGUCCGGGUUCUGGAAAAGUGGAACGAGAAGCUACGCGAGGUAAGUGGAAACUGGACUCGGGGUAGUGUUUAUCUCUUUGAUACGAAUGCUUUCAUGGUGGAUCGGAUUCGGGACUGGCAGCUCUAUGCGGCGGGAAUUGAGGAAGAGAGCGGAUUAGGAAAGAAUCUGGACGGGUGGGAGAAUGUCAUGGAGCCUUGCGUUGAGAGUGGGUUCCGGGUCAUGAUGUCAAAAGAGAAGAAACAGUGCGAGCAUCCAGAGAAGUAUCUGUUUUGGGACGAGAUGCAUCUAGGUCCUUCUGCUCACCGGCUCAUGGCUGCAGAGAUCUACCGUGGGAUUGAUGGUUCGUUGAACCUGAAGCGUCCACGGAACGCCACAACCGACGGGGGUUUGCAGCUUAGACAUUGUCUAGAUCAAUGA